UUGCUGAGGGCGAUUGGGGGCGAGAGCGAGGCUGUGGAGCAGGCAAGAGGCGACGGCGGGAGCUAGAGAGGGCGCAGCGCUAGGGUGGCCGCGCGAGGGGAGCGGCCGCCCGGGCUCGGGCCCGGGCCGUGCGAGGCGGCAGAGGCGGCCCAGGGUCUGGCCGCCACCAUGACCGAGGAGUCAGAGGAGACAGUCUUGUACAUUGAGCACCGCUAUGUCUGCUCCGAGUGCAACCAGCUCUAUGGCUCCCUGGAGGAGGUGCUCGUGCACCAGAACUCCCAUGCGCCCCAGCAGCACUUUGAACUGGUGGGUGUGGCUGAGCCUGGAGUCACCGUGACCACAGAGACAGCUUCUGGCACGGGCCUCUAUCAAACGCUAGUGCAGGAGAGCCAGUACCAGUGCCUGGAAUGUGGGCAGCUGCUGCUGUCGCCCAGCCAGCUCCUGGAGCACCAGGAACUGCACCUGAAGAUGAUGGCGCCCCCGGAGGCUGUGGCAGCUGAGUCGCCGCCCAAGGCCCCAACCCUGAGCUCCAGCACCAUUCACUAUGAGUGUGUGGACUGCAAGGCGCUCUUCGCCAGCCAGGAGCUCUGGCUGAGCCACCGGCAGAUGCACCUCCGGGCCACUCCCACCAAGUCUGCCCCUGUGGUGCUGGGGUCCCCAGUUGUGCUGGCCCCUCCUGUGGGCCAGACCCGUGUGGCUGUGGAGCACUCGUACCGCAAGGCAGAAGAAGGUGGAGAAGGGGCAGCUGUCCCCUCUGCUGCCGCUGCCACGACUGAAGUGGUCACUGAGGUGGAGCUGCUGCUCUAUAAGUGCUCCGAGUGCUCCCAACUCUUCCAGCUGCCUGCUGACUUCCUGGAGCACCAGGCUACCCACUUCCCUGCCCCAGAGUGUGAGGAGCCAGCCCUGCAACCAGAGACCUUGACCUCGCUGCCAGCAGAGGUGCCCGUGUCUCAGCCUGAGCCCGUGCCCGCCUCGGACCACAGUUAUGAGCUGCGCAAUGGUGAAGCCGUCAGUCGCGAUCGCCGGGGGCGCAAGGCCCGGAGGAACAACAGUGGAGAGGCUGGCGGGGCAGCCACCCAGGAGCUUUUCUGCUCCGCCUGUGACCAGCUCUUUCUCUCGCCUCACCAGCUGCAGCAGCACCUGCGGAGUCACCGGGAGGGCGUCUUUAAGUGUCCCCUAUGCAGUCGCGUCUUCCCCAGCCCUUCCAGUCUAGACCAGCACCUUGGAGACCACAGUAGCGAGUCUCACUUCCUCUGUGUGGAUUGUGGCCUGGCCUUUGGCACAGAGGCUCUCCUCCUGACCCACCGGCGAGCUCACACCCCGAAUCCCCUGCACUCGUGUCCAUGUGGAAAGACCUUUGUCAACCUCACCAAGUUCCUUUAUCACCGGCGCACCCACGGGGCUGGGGGUGUUCCUCUACCCACGGUUCCAGUCCCGCCUGAGGAGCCUGUCUUGGGUUUCUCCGAGCCGGCCCCAGCAGAAACAGGAGAGCUAGAGGCCCCAGAGCCCCCCGUGUCGGAGGAGAGCUCAACAGAGCCAGUGGCCCCUGGCACCUACCGCUGCCUCCUCUGCAGCCGUGAAUUUGGCAAAGCACUGCAGCUGACCCGGCACCAACGUUUUGUGCACCGCCUGGAGCGGCGCCACAAGUGCAGCAUCUGUGGCAAGAUGUUCAAGAAGAAGUCGCAUGUGCGGAACCACCUGCGCACGCACACGGGUGAGCGGCCCUUCCCCUGCCCUGAUUGCUCCAAGCCCUUCAACUCACCUGCCAACCUCGCCCGCCACAGGCUCACGCACACCGGGGAGCGGCCCUACCGCUGUGGGGACUGUGGCAAAGCUUUCACACAAAGUUCCACACUGAGGCAACACCGCCUGGUGCAUGCGCAGCACUUCCCCUAUCGCUGCCAGGAGUGCGGUGUGCGCUUCCACCGACCCUACCGCCUGCUCAUGCAUCGCUACCACCACACGGGUGAGUACCCCUACAAGUGUCGCGAGUGCCCCCGCUCCUUCCUGCUGCGUCGGCUGCUGGAGGUGCACCAGCUCGUGGCCCAUGCAGGGCGUCAGCCUCACCGCUGCACGUCUUGUGGGGCAGCCUUCCCGUCUUCCCUGCGGCUCCGUGAGCACCGUUGUGCAGCUGCCGCUGCCCAGGCCCCACGGCGCUUUGAGUGUGGCACCUGUGGCAAGAAAGUGGGCUCCGCUGCCCGCUUGCAAGCACACGAGGCGGCCCACGCAGCUGCUGGGCCUGGAGAGGUCUUGGCUAAAGAGCCCCCAGUGCCUCGGGCCCCACGGGCUCCCCGUUCUCCUGUCGCCUCCCCUCCGGCCCUGGGAGGCCCGGCCGCUGCCACAACCACCCCUGCUGCUCCUGCUCGCCGUCGCGGCCUGGAGUGCAGCGAGUGCAAGAAGCUCUUCAGCACAGAGACGUCACUGCAGGUCCACCGGCGCAUCCACACCGGCGAGCGGCCCUAUCCGUGCCCAGACUGUGGCAAAGCCUUCCGCCAGAGCACACACCUGAAGGACCACCGGCGCCUGCACACUGGGGAGCGACCCUUUGCCUGUGAAGUGUGUGGCAAGGCCUUUGCCAUCUCCAUGCGCCUGGCUGAACAUCGCCGCAUUCAUACAGGGGAACGGCCCUAUUCCUGCCCAGACUGUGGCAAGAGCUACCGCUCCUUCUCGAACCUUUGGAAGCACCGUAAGACCCACCAGCAGCAGCAUCAGGCAGCUGUGCGGCAGCAGCUGGCUGAGGCGGAGGCGGCUGUUGGCCUGGCUGUGAUGGAGACUGCAGUGGAGGCCUUGCCCCUGGUGGAGGCCAUUGAGAUCUAUCCCUUAGCUGAGACUGAAGGGGUCCAGAUUAGUGGCUGACUACCCUGUUGCCCCAAGAACCCCCAGACCCUAUUGCUGAAGGACCUCCUCCAACCCGUCCCAACUCUGUAAAUACACCCACCCCUUCCUUCACCCAUCCUAACUGCUUCAUAAGUUCGAUAGCUGGAUUUAUUGUCUUCCAGGGGGAGCUGGAUUUAUUGACUUCCAGGGGGAGGGUGCUCUGGGAU